AUGGGUCACUGUGAAGGACAGAAAGAUAGGGUGGACCUCCAAUUACUUUGUUCUUGUCGAACACCGAUGAGGUCAUGGGCAGCCAAAUGUAGAGCAAAUCCCACAACGAAGGCGGUGUCAUUGUUGAGUUGUGCUAGCUUUGCAUCAAUUCGAUGUAUGUUGGCCAUGCUGCUUGUUGAUGCUGCUAUUAUGCAAGCUUGUGAUUCCACAAAAGGGACUCAGUCCAGGGAAUAUUUUUGUGCGAAAUGUCCUUCACGCAGGUCUGUUGUUGAGAAGUUUCUCAAGUUUGUGGAAGGGCAUGCAGGUGCUGAGCACCUUGAGGCCGACAAAUUCAUUUCUGAGGGCCACAUUGAGGUCAAUCACUUUGCAGGUUGUGCAUGA